GUUUGACGACCCGACCGUCGUGCAUUCGUAUAUUUCUUACAAAUCCGUGAAUAUUUACACGUAGGUGUAUUGCUGGCAUUGAUAAAUUAAUAAUGGUCGUUGAAGAACCCAAUCCGAAUAAUGCAGAAAGUGUGGAGAAAAGUGACAGUGGCACGGCUGCGCCGGAACCAGUGAAAAUCUUCACCGUCGAAAUCCUGCAUAUGAUCAAGGAUGCACAGCAACAGCACGGCCUCCGACAUGGUGACUAUCAACGCUAUCGUGGCUACUGCACACGCCGCAUUCGUCGUCUGCGCAAGGCCCUUAAGUAUCCCCAGGGCGACAAGCGUCACUUUAAGCGUCGCGAUGUAACGCUCUCCCAGCUGACGGGCAAAAAGGCGGACGAGCGCUUCAUACACAUACCGCUUAUCAGUGCGGAGCGGGCCUGGGCCUACGCCAUGCAGCUGAAACAAGAAGCCAACACAGAGCCACGAAAGCGCUUUCACUUGAUAAACAAGCUGCGACGCGCCUGUUUCUAUGCCCUUCAGUUGCAGGAGCUAUGCAAUACGGAGGCGUUCGAUGCACGCACCAAACUCGAGUGCGAGGCAUAUGUAGCCUGGAUGCACGGCACGCUGCACUUUGAGCUGCAGCUGUGGAAGACGGCAGGUGAGCAUUUAAAACGCGCCCAGGUAGUGUAUGAAAACUUGGCCAAGGCGCUUCCCGAUGACGACCAGGAGCUGUAUCGCGCAAAGGUUAAUGAGUUCACGCCCAAUUUGCGCUACUGCGCCUACAAUAUUAGCGGCGGAGCCAGCGGCGGCAACAUUGAUGAAAUUCUUGAGCUGCGUGCUCAGGGUGUUUUGGAGAACCUGGAUGUGCUUGUUAGCCAAACGAAAUCAGAGAGCAGCGAGGGUCUGCAGACGAUCGACUGGCGUGGUCGUAAGGUCACCGUGCGCCCCGAGAAGGUGCGACUGUUUCUGCUUAGCGCCCAGGAGCUGGACAAAUCGUUGGCCAAAACAACGAAAUUAGAUGCCAAGAUUGAGCUGAUUGAGCGCAUAUUAAUGGAUUGCAAGGAUGCCAUUCAGGCAGUGCGGGACGAGAUCAAACAGGAUCCCAAGCUGCGUUCCCUGACCACAGGUCAAACUGUCUCAGGUGUGCAAUACUUGCUGGCCUACUUGAGCUACAUACGCCAUAGCCGUACACUUCAGCGCAAUUUAUGUUUGGUUGAUCAGGCCAAGUUGAACUUUGUUGAUCCCAAUCAGCAGCGAACCCAGACUCAAAGCGAAGGUAAACGCGUGCGCCCCCAGGAUUUGGCGCGUCUAUACGAGAUCAUCUUGCAGAAUGUCACCGAAAUGCAGCUAAUCAGCGGCAUGGAAGACGAUGCUCAAUAUCAGAGCGAGGUGGCCAACUUGGCGCUUACAUUUAAGGCUUUCCGCUGCUAUUACAUUGCGCUCACCCUGAUCGAUAUGAAAAAGUGGAAGGAGGCUGUGGCGCUAUACGAACGCGCAUCCAACUAUGCUAACGAUGCGCUCAAGGGCCGCUCCUGUGCCGAAUUCCAGCUGCAAUCGGAGCUAAAGAAAAUGGUUUCCUCAAUCGAUGGCAGCAAGUUCUCAGCACACGCGUACAGCGUGUUGGAGGACGACAAUAGCGAGGAUGCCAGCGGUGUUUCAACUAAAUCGCAGAAAACAACGAAACCGCUGUACGAGCGCCUCUCCCAAUAUAAGGAGGACCAAUCGCUGCACACCCGGGCGCCCAAUGUUUUUAAGUUGACGCCCGAUAUGGAACCUAUACCCUGCAAACCGCUGUUUUUCGAUCUGGCUAUGAACUACUUGGAGUUGCCAUCCCUGGAGGACAAACUUGAAUCGCCCGGCAAGAAGGGUGCCUCCAUUACGGGCUUUGUAAAGGGCUUCCUUGGCUGGGGCGGAGGUGGCAAUAAGUGAGAAUUCAGCUGCACGAUCACAACUUGAAGCCCCCUAAUGAAAUUCCAUGUUGAUGUUGCUUUUAUAAAAACGUCCAACCAGCUUGAACGUUUAUUAUUUGUUUUUGCUUUUAGAUCCCGGCCUUUUUUUAAGUAUAGAAACCAACAACCAGCCAACACAAAACAAACAUUUAUCGACAAAAUUUAUUUAAGUUACAAUAGUGAGGAAUUAUUGGUAAUAAAGGAAGCUACAAAUGCUGCAA